CACUGAUAGGUGGCACUGACUGACAUCACUGCUGGGCACUGACUGGCGGCACUGUUGGGCACUGACUGCCACAACCGCUGGGCACUGACUGAUGGCACUGACUGGCAGCACUGAUGGGCUGCACUGAUGGGCACUGGUGGGUGGCACUGGUGGGCACAGGUGGGUGGGCACAGGUGGGUGGCACUACUGGGCACAGGUAGGUGGCACUUCUGGGCACAGGUGGUGACACUGCUGGGUGGCACAGGUGGGCGCACUGCUGGGCACAGGUGGGUGCAUUGCUGGGCACAGGUGGGCGCACUGCUGGGCACAGGUGGGCGGAACUUGUGUGUGGCACUGCUGGGCACCGAUCAUCAGGGCACUGAUGAUCACAUGUCAUUGGACACAGCUGAUCAUGGGGUAAAAGGCCGCUGUGAUUGG